AUGUUGUCUAGAAGCUUGUUCAGGACGCAAGUCCGCACAUUUGUCCGCUCGCUGCCCAUAUUGCAAAAGCCAGUUCUCCUGGACGUGUCUACCGUCAAGCCCAAAGAGAUCGUAUCAGGAGCACCAGAAGAGUUAUCCACCUCUAGAACGGUGAGAAUCUACAAAGAAGCCAAGCCAGCCACGCAAUCUGGUCGCCACAACGGUAAGUUCUGGAAGUUGGACUGGGACGUUUUGGGCAAAGAGAACAGAUGGGAGAACGACUUGAUUGGGUACCAGUCUAGUGCUGACUACAUGCAAGGUACGAUCAUGAAGUUUGACACAAAAGAGGCUGCCAUCAGAUUUGCCGAGGGCCAAGGGUGGUCAUACUACGUGAAGGAGCCCAAGGAGAGACAUUUCAGAAAGAAGGAGUACGCUAUGAACUUCUUUCACUCGCCAGGGCCCUUGAAGCACAUUAGAACGAAGUAG